UGUAGAAUGGUAUACAUGGUGCUCCCUCCUUUUCCUUCAUGGUGGCUGCUGCAUCUCCUUGGUUUUUGGGCACAAAAACUGUUGGUGCUGAUGCUGGGGUCCAUUCAGUGUUGUGCGGCGAUGUAUCAACAGAGAAACUGGGCAACAGUUUGCUGUAAAGAUUGUCGAUGUAGCAAAAUUCACUUCAAGUCCAGGCUUAAGUACUGAAGAUCUGAAGAGGGAAGCUAGUAUCUGUCACAUGCUGAAACAUCCUCAUAUUGUUGAACUUUUGGAGACCUACAGUUCUGAUGGAAUGCUAUAUAUGGUUUUUGAAUUUAUGGAUGGUGCAGAUCUCUGCUUUGAAAUUGUAAAGAGAGCAGACGCUGGUUUUGUAUACAGUGAAGCCGUAGCCAGUCAUUACAUGAGACAGAUAUUGGAAGCACUGCGCUACUGUCAUGAUAAUAAUAUAAUUCACAGGGAUGUGAAGCCACACUGUGUGUUACUUGCUUCAAAGGAAAAUUCAGCACCUGUAAAACUUGGUGGUUUUGGUGUUGCUAUUCAAUUAGGAGAAUCAGGACUUGUUGCUGGAGGACGUGUAGGAACUCCUCAUUUUAUGGCUCCAGAAGUAGUAAAAAGAGAGCCUUAUGGAAAGCCUGUAGAUGUGUGGGGCUGUGGAGUGAUCCUUUUUAUUCUGCUUAGUGGUUGUUUACCUUUUUACGGUACAAAGGAAAGAUUGUUUGAAGGCAUUAUCAAAGGAAAAUACAAGAUGAAUCCCAGACAGUGGAGCCAUAUCUCUGAAAGUGCCAAAGAUCUGGUUCGGCGCAUGCUUAUGCUUGACCCAGCUGAAAGAAUAACUGUUUAUGAGGCACUUAAUCAUCCUUGGCUGAAGGAGCGUGAUCGCUAUGCAUACAAGAUUCACCUUCCGGAAACUGUGGAACAGCUGAGAAAAUUCAAUGCAAGAAGAAAGUUGAAGGGUGCAGUACUGGCAGCAGUAUCAAGCCACAAAUUCAAUUCUUUCUAUGGUGAUCCCCCUGAAGAACUGCCAGAUUUCUCAGAAGACCCUACCUCCUCAGGAGCAGUUUCACAGGUGUUAGACAGCCUAGAAGAAAUCCAUGCACUUACAGAUUGCAGUGAAAAAGACUUAGACUUUCUGCAUAGUGUUUUUCAGGAUCAGCAUCUUCAUACAUUACUAGAUCUCUAUGACAAAAUUAAUACAAAAUCUUCACCACAAAUCAGGAAUCCACCAAGUGAUGCUGUACAAAGAGCCAAAGAGGUAUUGGAAGAAAUUUCAUGUUACCCAGAAAAUAGUGAUGCAAAAGAACUUAAACGUAUUUUAACUCAACCUCAUUUCAUGGCCUUACUCCAAACUCACGAUGUAGUGGCACAUGAAGUUUACAGUGAUGAAGCAUUAAGAGUUACUCCACCUCCCACCUCUCCGUAUUUAAAUGGAGAUUCUCCAGAAAGCAUCAAUGGAGACAUGGACAUGGAGAAUGUAACAAGAGUGCGAUUAGUUCAGUUCCAAAAAAACACAGAUGAACCAAUGGGAAUCACUUUAAAAAUGAAUGAACUGAACCAUUGCAUUGUAGCAAGAAUUAUGCAUGGAGGGAUGAUUCAUAGACAAGGUACGCUUCAUGUAGGGGAUGAAAUUCGGGAAAUAAAUGGAAUUAGCGUGGCAAAUCAGACAGUGGAACAGCUGCAGAAAAUGCUUAGAGAAAUGCGAGGUAGUAUCACCUUCAAGAUUGUGCCAAGUUAUCGCACUCAGUCUUCUUCCUGUGAGAGAGAUUCCCCCUCUACAUCCAGACAGUCCCCAGCUAAUGGCCAUAGCAGCAUUAACAAUUCUGUUUCGGACUUGCCAUCAACAACACAACCAAAAGGACGACAGAUAUAUGUAAGAGCACAAUUUGAAUAUGAUCCAGCAAAGGAUGAUCUUAUUCCCUGCAAGGAAGCUGGCAUCAGAUUUAGAGUUGGUGAUAUUAUCCAGAUUAUUAGCAAAGAUGAUCACAACUGGUGGCAAGGUAAACUCGAGAAUUCAAAAAAUGGAACUGCGGGCCUCAUUCCUUCUCCUGAGCUUCAGGAAUGGCGAGUAGCUUGUAUUGCUAUGGAGAAGACUAAACAAGAGCAGCAGGCAAGCUGUACUUGGUUUGGAAAGAAAAAGAAGCAGUACAAAGACAAAUAUUUAGCAAAGCACAAUGCAGUGUUUGAUCAAUUAGACCUUGUCACCUAUGAAGAAGUGGUAAAAUUGCCUGCAUUCAAAAGGAAAACACUUGUUUUAUUAGGAGCACAUGGUGUUGGGAGAAGACAUAUUAAAAAUACACUAAUUACAAAACAUCCAGACCGAUUUGCAUACCCUAUUCCACAUACAACCAGGCCACCAAAGAAAGAUGAAGAGAAUGGAAAGAAUUAUUACUUUGUAUCACAUGACCAAAUGAUGCAGGACAUUUCCAACAAUGAAUAUUUGGAAUACGGUAGCCAUGAAGAUGCAAUGUAUGGGACAAAACUGGAAACAAUACGGAAGAUCCACGAACAGGGAUUAAUUGCAAUACUUGAUGUAGAGCCUCAGGCCUUGAAGGUCCUGAGAACUGCAGAGUUUGCUCCUUUUGUUGUUUUUAUUGCUGCACCUACAAUUACCCCAGGCAUUAAUGAGGAUGAAUCUCUUCAACGCUUGCAAAAGGAAUCAGAAAUCUUACAGAGAACAUAUGCACACUACUUUGACCUUACAAUUAUCAACAAUGAAAUUGAUGAAACAAUCAGGCAUCUGGAGGAAGCCAUUGAGCUUGUUUGUAAAGCAUCACAAUGGGUUCCUGUUUCCUGGAUAUAUUAACCCUAUUACCAGAAGAAUGUGAUCAUUAAUGGAAACCACCUCAUACUUGGAAGAACCUCUUUGUUAUUGACCUUGAGUCAACAGGUCUUGGCCCCUAGAGACUACCUAGAUGUAGUGUGACCUAAAUUUAUAAUUAUUGUCAUGUCCUUAUAGCUAGGCAAAAAAAUAUGAUAAUUUAAAGAGACAGUAUCUUUUUUAAUCAGUUCUCCUAAACUUUAUUAAAAUGUAUCUUUAAAUAUAUGUAUUAUUCAGUCCUUUGGAAUGUUAUAUUUUUGGAAUUCAUAGCUUUUAAUUUCAAAGGCCCCUAAAACUGCACAAAAUAGAUGCUGCUUUCUAUAAUCUAUUUUAAUAAUAAUAUGAUCUUUACUUUAUUUGGGGGUGGAACACUACAUCUUUUAGAGUCUGAUUUUGUGAAUUGGAUUAAGUUGCUUUCCUUUAUUUAUUUGAAAUUAUUAGCCCAAUCGUGACCAGAUCAAUACUUACAUUCUAAUGGCCUUCUUUCGCUUUUUUUAAUCAUUUUUAGGGUAGCAUUUUGAAGUAUUUUCAUGUAAUAUGCAGAUAAUGCGAUACUGUCUCUUUGAAGAACUCUGUAAAACUAAAUAGAGAUUUGAAGUUGGGUCUUGACUCUUAAUGCAUGUGGACAGUUGCAAGCGUUCAUGCCGUUGGUGUAUCUGUGUUGAAAAAACUGUAAUCUACAACAAAGUACAUUCCGUUCAUGGGGGGAAGAUACCCAAGGGAAUAAAAUAAAAUACUAUGACUAAGUUGUAAAACCUAUGCACAUCCCUUGCAUUUUGGGCAACUUUAUAAACAAAAAUCCUAAUUUUUAUUAAUAAUCAUGUAGUGAAAUGUGUUUGUAAUUUUGUCUCAAAUUAAUUUGUUGUAAAGAUGGGAGGGAAAAAAAUUACUGGUUUUGCCAUUUCAGAUCUGUGUUGUCUGAGAGUAUUACCGUUUUAAUUAUGUUUAAGCAAAAAUGCUGAUUUUUAAUAUGUAUGUAAUUGUUUUGAAAAUGCACACAUUUUAAGAGAAAAUACUGUGCAAUGAAAGAAAGAAACCCAGUUUAGGCUUUGCGAUAAAUUAACAGUUCCAAAAACUCAGCUGCUGCAGCCCUGUAAAUUCUUUUCAAACUCUAUAGUCUGACCAUUUUUUAAAAUUUUAUUUUAAAUAUACUUCAUUUUAUGUGUUCAACAAUUAAAUGCCUUGGGUCAUUCAUUUCAUCACAGAAUUCUACAAUUACUUCAGAAAAACAGCCAAUUUUUUGUAGAUAUUUAGAAAAAGGUUCUCUCAUCUUUGUGAUAGUUGGCAUUCAUGCUUUAAUUGCAAACCUACUAUGGCUCACUCUGCAAAUAAGGGUCGCUUCAUACAUUCAUAUAUUCACAUCUUUAGUACAUGCUUGUAUUAUAUAUGCUGAAAAGUAUAUAUCCCAAAACACAUUGUAAUAAAAUAAACAUAUGGUUCAAAUCAAAGAGAUUUCCCAAUUGGCCAUGGCUCCCUGAGCUGUAUGCUCUGGUCGGGAAAAAAACGUUAUUGACAAUGUGUGAAGCAGUCCUAAAACUUAGAUAUGGAGCCUUAAUAAGCAAAUUUUACCAUGAAUUCAUCUCAGGGUUACUGCUAUAUUCUGAUUUCUCUAACCAAUGUCUUAGCAAGGAUAACAUCUGUUCCCCAUCAUAAGAGAGGGAGAUUAUGCAUUAUCCAUCCCAGUUUGUGAUAUCUUUGUGAAUCAAAUCUCCAUGUAUCACCGGUAUUACUGUAUCUUGGACUGAUUGUUUUACAUUUUUAUUAUUUAAUAUGGAUUCUUUGCUUUUGUUAUUAAAUUCCAGUAUGUUUUUGAAAAGUGUUAUCCUCAACAUUGCAAUACAGAAGUAUUAUUUACUUAAUGUAAACUCUUUGAGAACCAUUUCAGGUUCUCAAUGAUUACCAUUCUAAAGAAACUAAAGAUUUUAAAAGGGCAUUAGAUUCAUCCACUUUGAUUGUUCUUACAGUCUUUCAGAGUUUUUAUGAUUGCAGCUGGUUGCCACAAAUUAGUUCUAAGUUAGGUUGUAGGAGUUCUCUGAGCUCAGUUUUUCAUUUGUACACAUUACAUUAGGUAUCAUCUUCAAUGCUGUGAUCUUGAAGAAGUGAGGAUUGUUGGUUGUAUGUGGCAGCCUUGUAUGUGAUCUGGUGGGCUGCCACAAGUAACUAACUUCACUUCUUCAAGGUCAUACCUCUGAAGAAACAUCUGCAAACAAAAAACCAAGCUCAGAGAACUCUUAUAACCCUCUUACAACACUCCAAUCCUGAACUAUAUAUAUGCAUUGCAUUUCCAACUUAGCUGUAAUUAGGUGAUUGUAAGAAAUGCUGAUUAGUAACAAAACUAGUUAGAGAACAGCAAGUUAGUCAUUUUGCACUUAGAAGUUAUAUUUAUUGGCAGAAAGGUUAUCUGCCUCUAUUCCUGUGACAUAUUCUCAACUUCUUAUACACUGUGCAAGCUAGUUAUGAAUUUCUGAAUCUUUCAUAUAUUUUCUAAGAAAGGGGGGUAUUGUAAUUUGCCCUUGAUUAUAUUUGUUGAUCAAAUUCCUAGCAGUUUUAUCAGCUUGUGUCUUUACAAUAUAGAGCAUCCCAUACAACCAUGAUACGAUAUAUACUGCUCUGUAAUGCUAUGUUGAAAAAGCCAUUGGAGCAAGCUACAUUGUGUUUUUUGUUUUCACUCCUUUUAAGAACUGAGCCCAGGGCUCUAAAUCAGUACUGUGGAAGAUUCAAGAUUCUUUUAAUCUCCCUUUGUCUUCUUCCCUCUGCUUUGUUUUGGUUUUUACAAUUUAUGUAAUAUACUAAACUAUCAGUUCUCUUAUUAAUUUGCUAAAUAUUCAGGCACAAGAUAGGGAUUUGGCAAUUGGUGCUGAAUGUUUGUAUCAAUAUUAAUAUAACAACACCAGCAUAAGUUGCAAUUCAAGUUCACUUCCCAUGAUAAUAACAA